GUGGCGGCCUUCCACUCCAAUGCGAUGACUUCGCCGAGUACAUUUCCAGUCUGACUCAACUCUUUCACCAACCGAGUCCUUGUAAGGUCUGCUGGUGCUAUCUAGUCACAUAAAUCUGCAGCUGAUCCGCUCGGAAGCGAGCUACCAUUCAUCUCAAAAGCUUUUCAUCGCAUCAUGAGCAGCACAGCCGAAAAGCGCAAGUCAAAUGUCCCUCCUACCAAUGACCAGAAAAGAGUCAAACUACGUAGCGGUGCCGUUGCAAAGGCCAACUCCAAAUCCCAAAAGAGCGAAAAGGACAAGGACACUAGUGGAGCGUCAUCGACAACUGAGAACCCCGCGGCCACCGCGCAAUCAGCAGCUCCCAAUAACCGUCCCAGAAUCCGGAAACUCGCGCCACCACGGCCGUUCCCAACAGUGGCACUGUCCGCACCUGCCACAGCACCACGCUCAUUGCAUACUGAAGGCAAGAAUAACAUCUGCGUCACGCGACGUACCAAGCUAGCAGCUUACCUGCGCCGGUGUAAGGCUCUGAUUCUCGAAGACGGGUUCAAGGAGAUUCGAUUGAGUGCAAUGGGUGCCGCUAUCCCGCAUCUCGCGCUAUUGGCCGUUUCUCUGCCUCAGAUAGUGCCGGGCGAGCUGAGCGUCGAAGUGCAGACGGGUAGUGUGGACGUUUUUGACCAGAUGCUUGAAGGAAGCGAGGAUGAAGAUAGUGGCGGUAAUGACGAGGAAUUCAAAAUGAGAGUCAAGUCUACCAUGCAUGUCAUCAUUCGCGUAGGAGGCUCGGGGGACCCAAAGACGAUAAGCAAUUCCGCGAAAGGAACUGCGAGUGCUGGCCAGAGCGAAGAAAGUGUUCAACCACCAGAGCAGCCGGAGCAGAUUAUUCUGCAGGAGCCUGAACAAGAAGACAUGGACCAGUCAUAACAGGAAUCACGGUCACUUGUUGUCCAACUUAGCCAGUCGGGCUGAAGUCACAAGGGCGUUGCUUGGCUAGAUCCCAUCCCAAAUU